CCUUAACAUAUUAAACUAAAAGAACAACACCAACAUACAAUCGAGCCCAUUAAGAUUAAUCAGCUUUCUUUAACGUACUCGAAAUAUGUCCUCUCGGAGCGAUGUUUUGCAUCACUCUGCCUUAACGCGCCCUGAAAACGGCCUCUGGUCACGUAAAUCUCGACCAGACCUAUCGCAUGAUUACGUAACCUCCCCGAAAGCCGAUUUACGCGAGACUACCAACAUGUAUUAUCUCGAGGUAGAACUUCCAGGCAUAGGCGGGCCGCACGAUAUUGAAACGCACUGGUUAGAUGAGAGUACUUUGCAGAUCAAAGCGACAAUUCACAAAACGAACCUAGAAGCGAUGUGGUGCGACGACAAAUCCGACGACAAGCCUCAACAGCAAGCCAUUUAUGCUGGAGGGACAGACAACAAGGUUGAUAAGAAGAUUAGCUCCAAGGAGAAUAUUCUGGGUCAGAGGCGAGGACGACAGGGGAGUCAUGUGGCCUCGACAAUGAAUUUUUGGCUCAACGAGCGUAAAGCUGGCGUCUUCAUGCGCAACGUUUGUUUCGCAGUUGCUGUAGACAUAGAUAGCGUCCAAGCAAGGCUUAGCGAGGGACUCUUGAUGAUCAUGGUGCCGAAGAAGGAUGCAGCGGCCCUCGAAGCGAAGGAGAUUUUUAUCGAAAGCGCAUAG